AAGGUUAUAUACAAUGUAUUUGUCCCCAGCACGUAGGCCUACGAACAUUAUACAUUUUGCAAUGAGUAUGUGUAGCUGUCAUUAAUAUGAUCGAUAUCUUGAUAUAUUUAUCGAAUGUCCAAAUUUCAUCAGAAUUAAGGAUGCAGUGAAAUGUGAACUUUCAUACGAUUUAUCUCACUUGGUGUGUUCCCGAAUAAAAGCUGGUAGAUCGACUUCUUCCAAAUGAUAGUUUGAGUUUCAUGUUAUGUGGCAGUUGUCAUUAUUGUGCGAGCAUCUUUACUGGAUAUUAUCAAAAUUUUGAAAAGAAAAAUACGUCGUGACAACCCCGCUUUCUACUGAGGAAGUUAUAGGAAUUAUUGCAAUGAAAUAACUUUAAAGUUGGAUUGAAUGUUGUGAGGAAAUCUAAGGACAAUGCCGCAGAAGAAGCGUUUACUCUCCCGAGGUCUAUCUCGGCUGAUUGGUGCUGAGGAGGCCGAGUUCCUCAACGCUGUCAGUCACGGUAACCUGGCUUACGUAAAGUCGACACUGGGUGUGGGCGGUGACGAAAAUGGAGCUAUCAAGGCAUUGCUCCAUCUCAAAGAUACCAAAGACCGCACCGCCCUCGAGAUCGCAACGGAGAACGAGCACUAUGAUAUCGUGGUGUUCAUCGUCGAGGUCCACGGCUGUUUCCUGGGUGUCAACGACAUACACGAAAGUCUGAUGCUUGCCAUCUCUAAGGGAUAUCUUAACAUUACUCAGGUGUUGUUGGAUCAUCCUUGUUUCGAUGAGAAGAAAAAUCGCGCGAUGCAAACAUUAGGUCGUCACGAGACCUUCUACGAUCGUAACUACCAUUCUAAGUUUGCACGUGAUGUCACACCUGUCAUGAUGGCCUCCAUGUACAAUGAGGUUGAUAUCCUUCGCCUCCUUCUUGAACGAGGUGACGAUGUUGUCAAGCCCCACCAUCCUCUCUGCGGAUGUACAACCUGUUUGAACCGGAAGGAGUUUGAUCCUCUCAUGCACUCCUUGUCAAUCAUCAAUGCAUACCGUGCACUAUGUAGUGAAGCAUACAUCUCAUUGACAAGUGAAGAUCCCAUCCUUACAGCUUUUCUCUUGAGCAAAGAACUCAACAACCUUUGUAAAACGGAAAAGGAGUUCAAGAAUGAGUACAAGGAGCUGAUCAAGAAAUGCAAGACGUUUGCCUCGAAUUUACUCGAUAUGUGUCAGAAUACAGAAGAAGUUAAAACCAUCUUGAAACAGACGGCCAUUUCAGAAACCGAGGUUAGGGAUCCGCAAAUUGGUCAUCCUCCACGUGCACUUGGAGGCAAAGUCGAAAAUGAAAAGGAAGACGAGAACGCCCUCCCACGGUUGGAAAUGGCCAUCGAAUAUCAUCAGAAACAGUUUGUAGCGCAUCCCCACUGCCAGCAUCAUCUUGCCACGUUGUGGUACCAAGGUUUUCCUCAGAUCAGACUGAUGCAAUCCUGGAUGAGAGUAUUUAUCUUGCCCCUCUUCUUACCCCUCCUACCAAUCGCCGUCAUCAUCUAUCUCAUCUACCCCAAAGGAAAGUUUGGUAAUUUCAUGCGGAGCCCAAUUAUCAAGUUCAUUAACCAGUCGGUGAUGUACAUGGUGUUCCUUCUGCUUAUGUUCAUGGAGUCGGUAACGGAAGGUACAUCCCGUCUUGAUUUGGAAAACAUUGAGGACGUACUCCUGGCAUCGAAUUCCUGCGCACCUUACAUCGAUGAUAUUGGUGUCCAACACGACAUCAAGGCAAAGAUACGGGACAGCGGCAGCGCCAUCGAAUUUUUCCUUUUCAUCAUGGUUCUGGGGUUGAUUUGGCAGGAGGUGAAGCAGAUAUGGCGGGAAGGCCUCCAUACCUACGUCAGUUCGAUCUGGAACUGGAUUGAUUUAGCCAUGUUGAACCUGCUCCUGAGUUCACUCGUAAUCGUAUUCAUGUCGAUGGUUUUUACCAUGGAAGCCCAGCGAUUCUUUUUAACUGAUGGCAGUUGCGAGGCUCUGGCUAACGGCAGUCCUACGGCAGAGGGGCACUUUUAUUUCCUCACUGGUGAUCGGACGGCAUGGGAAAACAACGACCUCAACCUAAUCGGGGAAGGGCUGUUCGCUAUGGCCAAUGUCCUGAGCUUCUCCCGACUCUCGUUCAUCCUCCCAGCCAGCGAAUUCCUUGGACCUCUCCAGAUCUCUUUGGGAAGGAUGAUGGGGGAUAUCUCUCGAUUCGCCGCAGUCUUCUUUGUGGUCUUCCUGGCCUUCUUCUGUGCCAUGUGUAAUCUGUAUUGGUACUACCCAGACAACAGCUCGUUUGGAUCAAUGUCGAACGCCUUGACGACACUGGUGUGGGCUCUGUUUGGUCUCGGUGACACGUCUAAUACUUCCUGCCCGGACGACUACCCCGACUGCGGACAUGCAUCUACCGAGGUGUUUGGGGUUCUACUGUAUAGCUCCUACAUGGGUAUCAUGGUCAUCGUCAUGCUCAACAUGCUCAUCGCUAUGAUGUCCACUUCCUUCGACGAGAUCAAUAACGAUGAAGAUGUGGAAUGGAAGUUUUCUCGUUCUAAACUUUGGCUGUCCUAUUUUGAGCGAGGGGCCACGUUACCCGUUCCAUUCAAUCUUAUACCUUCACCAAAGACCAUCAUCAAGAAUUUCAUGUGGGCAAGCCAUAAACUGAUCAAAACGAACUCAAGCAAACGAAUUGCAUCUCACCGACCAAUCUCUCAGAGUAACUUGCGAAAAGCUGUGAGACGGAACGUAACGAGCCACGAGGAUCUCAUGAAGAAAGUAGUCAAGAGAUACCUAUUCAAGUUACAACGAGCACAUGAUACUGACGAAAUCGACGAAGGAGAGCUCGAAGAAAUCAAGAAUGAUAUAUCUAGCUUCCGGUUCGAUGUACUAGAGGAGCUGGGUAAUAUCUCAUCGAAGGUCGAUUCCAAAUUGUAUGCAAACUCUAAAAUGAACAACGUCAAACCGGCCCGGGAGAAGGGUGGACCCUCUAUGGCGAAGAUACCGGAAAACGGAGAAGAUGCUGGAAAGAUUGAUGAUGAUUUUGAGAAAGUUGCCGAUGAGAUCACUCAGAAGAUGGAUGUCUUGUCAGAAAUGAUAAUAGCAGUGAAAUGCCAAUUCUCCCAGAUACUCGAGAAAGGGAAAUUGGAACCGAGUGCUCAAUGAAAGAUACAUUUGACUUGCGUGAUUGCAGAGAUGCUUUAAAACCAGAAAUGAUUUGAAUCCUUCAAUUGGCUCAUGCCUUCAACCAUCUCAAUGACGUUGGCGCAUGGACUGUAGCAUUUUGCCAUGCAGGAUAGGGUCGAAGUCGUUCAAUUUACACCGACAUGUAUACUGCAAAAUAAUGUUCAGUUUGAUCUCAAGCCUGGUUUCGGGAUGUGGUAUACUGCCUAUUGAAGAAGAAAUAUCAACGUAAUUAAUCGACGGUGCAUAAAGCUUAUCUAUUACGGUUAUUUUUUUACGACGCUAACAGUAACUCAUCUAUUUUCUACAUUAAGGGAAUGAAAGAGAAAUUGGUGAAAGGUGUCCAUAUACUCACCACCAGGACUCAUCGAUAUCACGUGGUUUCAAUAUAAGGUGUUAGUGUUUCUGAGAAAAGCUUGAAAAGGGUUGCCUUACCUAUAGCGCGACAGCACGUCACUGAGUGAAUUAAUUUUAAAUACCAGCAUAGUUUGAAAUCGAGUGUUGUGUUACAGCUAGACCGGCAAGAAGAACCGCAGGCUGACCAAAGCUGUAAAAGUCAUUUCCAAUGGCAUAAUCAUUAUCAGUCGGUUUGGAAUCAAUUUCGUAGAUAUGUAAGGCCUGGUCACACCGCCCGAGCGUUGUUGGAGCGGUCGUGGAGCGGAGAGAA